UAGCCAGCAAUAAAAAUGAUAAUUGAAAUAAGUGGAACUGUAGUGCUACAUACGAACAGGAUAAUUAUCAUUUGAAUUAAAUUCUGACAAAAUCACGUCAAGAAAACAUAAAGGAAAAACCAAAAAGUGAAACAAUGGAGGAUUUAAAUGACAGCAAAGUCGUGAGAAUUGAAAAGAAAGAAAAUGAUAACAAAAACGAGUUAAAGAAAUUCAACAUAAAGGAAACAUGUUUAAAACAUAUUCUAGUUGCCAUGACAAUAAGUGGUUGCUACAAUGGAAACGGGAGAAAUUGCUAUAAAAUAUGUUUCACUGUUUACCGCGUUUUCAUUUUUCUUGCAUUGCUUGCUUUCAUAGUAAAGACGGCAUCAGGUUUUGCUUACAUAAAAAAAUCUGAAUAUUAUGGACACGCUGUUGUUCUCGGAUGGAAUAUUUCUGGCAUCAUAACGUUCUUACUCACACUGAAAAUGAACCAUUCUAUGUUUGGCAACCAAGAACGCACCUUUGAAUUCUGGAACACAACUGUGGCACCACAAAUGGUGGACUUAGGGAUCAAAUUUGACCAUCUUAGUUUCAGGAGGAAACAAAUUAUUCUCUGUCUUGUGGCUACUGUCAUAAUAGCACUUGUUGUACUGGGCUGUGUUUUACAAUUAACUGGAAUACUUGGUAGCGGAAACACCGCAAUGUUGACGAUUCCAUUUGAGAAGACACCAUUGACGUGUUUUGUCCAAGUCGUACUGUUAAUAAUUGGCACCUUUCAAGCAAAUAUACCUUAUUUCUAUAUGAUUGUGAUCUGCUACAUGCUCACCCACUGCUUUAAUGGUUUCAAUCAGUACUUGGAUGCCGAGAUGAGCCAUGACGCAUGUCGUAUGCCACAAACAAUGCAAACCCUCUGUCAAUACUACACCAAUCUCUGCAAAGUUGUAGCGGACUUUGACAAGGAUUUCCGAUACUUGCUUGGGAAUAUAUUCUUCUGGAAUAUUACUUUAAGUCUAUUUAUCCUCUAUGUGAUAUUAAGGGUAGAAAUGAACAAUUUCGAAAUCAUUGGCAUCAUGGCAUACAUAUUCUGGUUGCUUCUUUCUAUGGGCAUAGUUGUGGCCAUGUCAGUGUUUGCAGCAUUGGUGCACGAAGCAGCCCAUGCCCCACUGGACAACAUCUACUACAUUAACGUCCAAGAUAUUACUCUGGAAAAGUUGGCUCAGUUAAAUCUGUUCCUAUCCAAGCUGACUGGUACCCAAGUUGGAUUUUCUACAUCUGGACUUCUUAUCAUUACCAAAGAGUUCAUUCUUACAAUAGCAGGUGUUUUCCUGACAUACUUUGCAGUGCUAUACAUACUUUGAUGAGGGUGAAACGAAGUGUACAUUCUGGUAAUUUAAGACAACAAAAUCCUUAUGGAAACAUAUAGGAAGACUGAAAAAAUAUUGUAACGGCAAACAUUAAUUGCAGUCAAAGAGAUCAUAGUGGAUUAAAUGCAGGCUAUUAGUAAUAACCUUCAGUGAUGUAUUAUACAUUUAUGUGAAUCAUAUGGAAUAAUUCAUGAGUAACUAAAGAUACUAGAGAUGAGAAUUAUUUCACCGUAAAAUCAUAAUAUAAAUGCCAAAUGUAUUAGAUAAUGGAGCAAAGUUUGGACUAUUUCCCAGUUUCCAGUUAUCUUAACAUGCAAGUUCUGAUUAACAUUUAAACAAAGUGAUCUUGCUUGCUUCGUCAAAUCGACAAUAUUUAAGGUCAUAUGGCAAAUUGCCAAAUUGAUGGUAGUAGAAAAUCCAAUGUAUUAAUCUUGAAUCGCCUGAAUAGAACCACCG